GACAAUUUGAUUUUCAACAUAAUAACAUAAGUGCAAAUAUAAAUAAAAAUAUAGUUCAUAAUGUUAAGUGUAUUUAUUUCAAUUAUAGUAUUUAAAUGUGUUUUAUGUUACAAUAAUGUGGUGCCAUUGCAAAAUUCGACACAAAAACAAUUUAUAUACGACAAUACGUAUGAUUAUGACUCCGUCAUAGAUGUGACUGUUAAUGACACUACGACGCAUAUAUUGGACUUCAAUGAGCAAUCAAAUCUCAAGUCUGUGUAUCCGACACGUGUCCACGUCAGCACAAACGACACACUUGAUUUGUCCUAUCCUCUAUUCGUGACUGCCGCUCAACAAAAAGGAGUAUUAUCAUGGGAGCUACCGUUAGUAGUCAGCACGAAGCAGGCGGUACUGCGGUUCAAUGACAUGGCUCGGACGCUCUGUCCACACGACGCAGGACCUAAUGUGACUUCUCAAGGCCGCCCCACGUUGACGUUGGCGACGUCGAGCCCUUUAAAUAUAUCGGUUCGGAUAAAACUUCGACGUGUGGAAGAUUUCUUCGUUGAAGUUAAUAAGGACGUAAAUCUAAAUGUGACUCCGAGCACGCCAAAGUAUUACUACUUCUCGUUCGACCGAGACCCGUGGACGCACUUGCAGUCUACGCAUCCCCAACUAUUCCCCCAUUUCAACUACACGAUACCGAAGAGUGUACUGCUGGAGAUAAACUCGAACGACCACGUGUGCGCGACUGUUUCUAUACAGAACAAUUCGUGUCCUGUUUUUGACAACGAAAAGGAUAUGACGUAUCAAGGGUACCACUUCACAAUGACCACGAAGGGUGGUAUAACUGUGACGCAAUCAAUGUUCCCUCGUGGUUUCUACAUAGUGUUCAUAGUGAAGGAGAGUGAUGAGGAGUGCACCGGCAUCAGCGGCGACCACGGGGCGGGUGUGGACAAGCGCACCAAGAUAUUCAGUUUCCGCGUGAUGGCGGCGGCCGCCCCCUCGGACUACGUGACGCUGGUGCUGACGUCGCUGGCGCUCACGGCGCUCGUGGCGCUGCUGGCGCCCACCAUCACGAUGAUCACCUGCCGCUCCGGUCAGACUAUUGAAAUAGAGGAGGCUCCCGGACCGUCAGGCUUGCAGGAUCCUCACACCUCAGAGACCACUCGAAUCCUUGCCAGCAGUAAUCAGUCAGAUUCCGAUGUAGAUUCUGAACCGGAUUUAGACGACAAGUCUCUUCCGAUACCUCUGAACGUGGCGAGGUUGAGUCGAGCGCGUCCUGUAGCGCACAAUCGCCGGUCAAAUAGGUACUUCUGGAGCGCUCUCACGGUAGCGGUAGUGUACGCGCUGCCCGUCGUGCAGCUGCUGUUUACGUAUCAGCGCAUGGCGCUGCAGACGGGCGCGCAGGACGUGUGCUACUACAACUUCCUGUGCGCGCUGCCGCUGGGCGCGCUGCAGGACUUCAACCACGUGUUCUCCAACGCGGGCUACGUGCUGCUGGGGCUCGCCUUCAUGCUGCAGGUGCGCUGCCGCGCCGCCGCCCGCCGCGCGGAUCUGGGUAUCCCCGAGCACCGCGGUCUGAUGUAUUCCAUGGGGCUGGCGCUGGUUAUGGAAGGUUUGCUGUCCGCCUGUUACCAUCUCUGCCCCAACAAGAUGAACUUCCAGUUCGAUUCUUCGUUCAUGUACGUGAUAGCGGUGCUGGGUAUAGUGAAGUUGUACCAAAGCCGGCACUCCGACGUGAACGCCAGCGCGCACGCCACCUUCAUGUUGCUGGCCUGCCUCAUGGCCAUCGGAGUCUUCGGUAUAGUGUAUCCGAACCUUUACUUCUGGGCGUGCUUCACGGUUGCCCAUUUCGCUGUCUGCUUCUUCCUAACGCUUAAAAUAUAUUACGUUGGAAGAUUGAAAAUAGGUAGUACAAUGGUGAAGCGGGCGUGGGUGGAGGUGAGACGUACAGGGCGCUCCGCCUUCAGACCGAAGUACCCGGCGAGGGCGGUGUUCUUGGCGAUCGCGAACUUGGCCAACUGGGCCUUGGCGGGAUACGGCCUGUACGAGCACAACGCUGACUUCGCUCGGCACCUGCUGGCCGUGCUGCUGGGCAACGCCAUCCUGUACACGCUGGGCUACGUGGUGCUGAAGCUGGCGCACGGCGAGCGCGUGUGUGCGCGCUCCUGGACCUGGCUGCUGCUCGCCACCGCGCUCUGGGCGCUCGCCGCCACGCUGUUCCUGCACUCGCGCACCAAGUGGUCGCAAACGGCGGCGCAGUCCCGCACGUACAACGCGCAGUGCUCUGCGCUGCGGUCGCUGGACACGCACGACCUGUGGCACCUGUCGUCCGCCGCCGCCAUCUUCUCGUCCUUCAACGCGCUGCUCAUCAUCGACGACCCGCUCGCCUCCACUCCGCGGGUGGACAUUCCCGUCUUCUAACCACUAGUCGUAGACAUAUCAUUAAUUCAAGAAUCCAAUGUUACUAGUGGUAGAAAUUUGAGUUCCUCUAAGUAGGCACUUAUUAUUUUGCCAAACGUUGACAUAUUGUGUUGUGUUCCGAUUAAAAUGCUGAUAAUGUUUGCGAAGAAUCUUGGAUCCAAUGGCUGGCGCAUUGACUGUCAAAGGAAUAGCUUAUAUGACUUAGUAUUUAUGGGCAAAUUUUCCAUCAGAUGGCGUGUUGGCUCGUAUACUUUCGUUGUAUAAAAUAUCAAUAUUAUUUUAGUAGAAUCUCUUAGAAUACACAUUGUAGUUUUAAUUUCAGUCAAAUUUAUCUAUAAAAGAUUUUUUUAGGUGGUAGGGCUUUGUGCAAACCCAUCAGUACCAUCAAUACCGCACUAAUCAAAUUUUCUAGCGCCAAACAAUAAUACUCAGUAUUGUUGUAUUCUGUUUUGUAGCGGGUUUUUUUAUGAACGAUGAAAUCAUUGAUCCUUUUAAAUGUAUAUAUAUAUAUAUAUAUAUAUAUAUAUAUAUUUGAAACCAAACAAAAUAUUACGUCGUUUAUUGUAUGUGCAAUGAAACGGAAAAGUAAUUGAAAAUAUUUUAUAUAGAGUUCUUUACCUCAAUGUUUUUUGUGUUCGUGCUAUUUUAAAUGCUAUAAAAGUAAUAUAAGAAACGAUCUAGACUAGGCUCAAGCCUGCUGCAAAUCCGUACAGAAGUUAGUAGAUGGCAAGCGCGCUCCACCUUAGACUGUAUCUUCACUUCCCAUCAGGUGUAAUAACAGUCAAGCGCUAGCCCAUAUAUUUAAAAAAAAAAGCUCAUACCAAAUAUACGAUUCAAUA